AUGGCGCCCGCCAGCCACCAUGCGCACCACGAGCCCUGCAUGGACCCCUCCGUCUCCCACGCCCCCGACCGCUGCGGCACCCUGGCCCUGCCGGACGGCUCCCGCUGCAACCUCGCCUGGUGGCUCUUCUCGCCGGCGGGCGCCGGCGGCGGGCCCGCCGCGGCAUCCGCGCCGCCCGCGGGGCGCGUCCUUGUUAUUUGGGGGGCGUUUGCCACGGCCCGGCACUUCGAUGACGUGGCGGCCCACCUGCGGGACCACCACGGUUUCGAGUUGCUGUGCUACCACCACCGCGGCGUCGCCUCCUCCGGCCCCUGUACCAUGGACACGCCCCAGUCCUCGGCGCUGCUGGCGGCUGACGCCCUGGCGCUGGUGGACCAUGUCUGGGGGCCACAGCAGGCGGUGCACCUCUACGGGUGA